UUAGUUAGCCUUGGUGUGCAUUUAAUUUUCAAGGACAUCUAUCGUUAUUGUCGUGCAAUUACUUGCUAAAAGCACAUCUGCCCAUAUUUUGGGCCAAUUUCAAAAGCCUCAAUUCGACUGGUUUCACCAGACUAUUUGUCACGAAUUAUAUUGUGUAUAUUUUCCCUGCAUGAAGUUUGAGUAUACAAAUGAAGAUCUUAUUUUACAGUCAAGUGAUACCUUGUCUAAAUUUGAUAAAACUUUGGAAUCCCUAUGGGUUGAUUCUUAUGAAGGCAAUCGUUUUCGAUACAAAAUUGAUUUAUCAAUGAAAUCAUUGAAAAAAGUUUCUAAUGGCGAUAUGAAUAUAUUAAUUUUACCUAAUGAUAAUCGUUUCAGCCAACGACGCAAACCACAACCAUUUAAUGAUACUGACGACCAAAUUGCCCCAGAAUCCUUCAAUUUUAAUAAAGUUUCUACUGAUGAAAUUUUGUUAGAUAUUUUUGAAAAACAGAGUACAAAAUCUUCUUUUAUUCUAAUAAACGUCAGUCCCUUUUCAUAUUUGCACUCUCUUUUGGUUCCAGAAAUGGAAGAAUGCUACAAUCAGGUUUUAAGAAAGCAAUCCCUUUACUUAGCUAUCAAGUGUUUUCUUCUAAGUGCCAACAGAUAUUUGUGUAUGGGUUUUAACAGUCUAUUGGCUCAUGCUUCUGUGAAUCAUAUGCAUUUCCAUUUUUGGCAGUCACCAGAUUACUUAAGAGCUAUGUCCACAGGAAUUAAACGGAAAUAUGAAAACCUAAUGUAUUUCGAACUGGUCGAUCAUCCUGUAGACAAUUUUGUUCUCGAAUUAUCAGAUUUAUCGGAGUUGGAUAAUUUUAUAAACUAUUUGUGGACAUUGAUUUUGUCGUGCCAAAAAUUACACAUUGCUCACAACGUAUUUGUGGCUCGUUCUAAAUCCACUGGAUAUAUGCGUGUUGUAGUAUGGCCACGAUGCUCAGCUUAUGGUGCAAAAAAUAUUUCUAGUGUUGUCUCAGAAGCGGGAUUUUACGUAGCUGUUGCUGAGCUUGCUGGAAUGAUGGUUGUUGCCGGAGAAGAUAUCGCUUCCACAUUGACCUAUAACAAGAUUGAAUCCAUUCUACGCAGUGAAUGUUUGUCAAGAGAAACUAUGCAUUUACUGGAAACCGAAUUGUUUGAAGCCCUAUGUGUCCAACAACAAUAAUCGAGAAAAAUCUUACCUAUUCAUAAUUACUUUAAGUACGGAACACAACUGGUGUCUGAAGCUCUUUGGCUGAGUAUAUUUGGAGAUAUUAAUGCAUAUAAUAAACAUUGUAUGAAUUCAUGCUUGAAUUAUCUACUGAAUACAAUCGUAUUUUUUUAUUAAUGUGUUCAUUUCGUACGUUCAGCUCUCACACAUACAGUGAACAAUAACUGAAGGGAAAACUCAAAGCUUUUCUACUGAAUACUUCUUUCAAGCGCACAACAUCGACUUAAGGUGACUCAAAACAACAUGGGA